AUCUCACGGUGCCGUGUACUGCCGUGUUCAGUUUCAGUUGAGCAGUUGGCGAGAGAUUAACAUUUUGAUACUACCGACUUUUCCGUUUUAAACCAGUGUGUUUUGUGUUCCCCGGCUGUUACUGUGUGGCGCUUUGCAUAAUUCACACAGACCCACACACACACACACAUACAUACCUUCAUCACACAUACCGCCACACUGUCACGCGCAAACUUUCGCCGACCAGCAAGCAAGUUUUGAAACCACGGAGCAGAGCAAAACAGGAGCUCCCCCGACAAAAAAAAACCAGGAAAAGCAAAAAAAAGCGCAUCACUCUCGAAUCGCAAGGCGCAAACGGACGGGCGCAAGAAAUAACGAUACAACAAUACUAUCGGAACCAUCUCCUCCAGCCCCCAUCCAGUGACAGUAACAAUAGUGAUGUGAAAUGUGAGUGUGUCAGCGAACGCCAGAAACGACUCUACUCUGUACAACAACCAGCCGACGAACCAGCAAACAACCAAAAGCCCCAAACCGCCGUCUCGGGAAACGCGUUUUAGCGCUAGAGCGGCGAGCGGAACACACCGGGAACUCUACCAUCAACCGCUCCCCCCCCCCCCAGCCCUCAUACCAGGCGUCCGUGCGCACCGUCCGAGGCCCCGAGAGCGCCAGCAUGGCGUCCGCGUACUACCACCAGUCGGCAGUUGGCGUCGGCAACGUGCUGGUGCUGCUGCUCGGCGCGACUGUGAUAUGUCCCGCCUACGCCAUCAUCGAUCGGCUGGUGGUGCAAACGAGCAGCGGUCCGAUCCGCGGCCGCUCGACCAUGGUGCAGGGGCGCGAGGUGCACGUGUUCAAUGGCGUACCGUUCGCGAAGCCGCCGGUCGACAGCCUGCGGUUCAAGAAGCCCGUCCCGGCCGAACCGUGGCACGGCGUGCUCGAUGCAACCAGACUACCUCCGUCGUGCAUACAGGAACGGUACGAAUAUUUCCCCGGCUUCGCAGGCGAAGAGAUGUGGAAUCCCAACACGAACGUUUCCGAAGACUGUCUGUAUCUGAACAUCUGGGUGCCGACGAAAACACGCCUACGGCAUGGACGCGGCCUGAACUUUGGAAGCAAUGACUAUUUCCAGGACGAUGACGAUUUCCAGCGCCAGCACCAGUCGAAGGGCGGGCUGGCAAUGCUGGUUUGGAUCUAUGGCGGCGGGUUCAUGAGCGGCACCUCCACCCUGGACAUCUACAACGCGGAAAUACUGGCCGCGGUUGGCAAUGUGAUCGUGGCGUCGAUGCAGUACCGGGUCGGUGCGUUCGGCUUCCUCUACCUGGCACCGUACAUCAACGGGUACGAGGAGGAUGCGCCCGGCAACAUGGGCAUGUGGGACCAGGCGCUGGCGAUCCGGUGGCUGAAGGAAAACGCGAAAGCGUUCGGCGGCGACCCGGACCUGAUCACGCUGUUCGGCGAGUCGGCGGGCGGCAGCUCGGUCAGCCUGCACCUGCUGUCGCCGGUGACGCGCGGCUUGUCUAAGCGGGGCAUCCUGCAGUCGGGCACGCUCAACGCACCGUGGAGCCACAUGACGGCCGAGAAGGCGCUGCAGAUCGCGGAAGGGCUCAUCGACGACUGCAACUGUAAUCUGACAAUGUUGAAGGAGUCACCGAGCACGGUCAUGCAGUGCAUGAGGAACGUGGACGCGAAGACGAUCUCGGUCCAGCAGUGGAACUCGUACUCCGGCAUACUGGGGUUUCCGUCGGCGCCGACCAUCGACGGGGUGUUCAUGACAGCCGAUCCGAUGACCAUGCUGCGUGAGGCAAACCUCGAAGGAAUUGACAUACUGGUCGGCAGCAACCGGGACGAAGGCACCUACUUUCUGCUGUACGACUUUAUCGACUACUUUGAGAAGGAUGCGGCCACCUCGCUGCCGAGGGACAAGUUUUUGGAAAUCAUGAACACCAUCUUCAACAAAGCGUCCGAGCCGGAACGCGAGGCAAUCAUCUUUCAGUACACGGGAUGGGAGAGUGGCAACGAUGGGUACCAGAACCAGCACCAGGUCGGGCGGGCUGUCGGUGACCACUUCUUCAUCUGUCCGACAAACGAGUUCGCGCUCGGGCUGACGGAGCGUGGCGCCUCGGUGCACUAUUACUACUUCACGCACCGCACCAGCACCUCCCUGUGGGGCGAAUGGAUGGGCGUGCUGCACGGCGACGAGGUCGAGUAUAUCUUCGGCCAGCCGAUGAACGCGUCGCUGCAGUACCGGCAGCGGGAGCGGGACCUGAGCCGCCGCAUGGUACUGUCGGUGAGCGAGUUUGCACGCACCGGCAAUCCGGCCCUCGAGGGCGAACACUGGCCACUGUACACAAGGGAGAACCCGAUCUACUUUAUCUUCAACGCGGAGGGCGAGGACGAUCUGCGGGGCGAAAAGUAUGGCCGCGGACCGAUGGCGACCUCGUGCGCCUUCUGGAACGACUUCCUACCAAGACUGCGGGCCUGGUCGGUGCCCUUGAAGGAUCCGUGCAAGCUCGACGACCACACCUCGAUAGCCAGCACCGCCCGGGCAGCGCCCACCGUUGCGCUGCUGAUCGCGCUCGGUCUGGCGGUGGCGAGAUUGGUAGCAGCUUAAGACGGUGCGCACAGCACAGCAUCCACCCAUUAUCCCGUUCAACCCCCCGCCCAUUACCCGUACACAUUUUCCCCCACCCAUUCCCAAGCUCUCUAGUUCGUUGCAAACCCGGAUGGAAACAGCCUAUUGAUCCAUGCUUGACCCCGCGAUAGGCUGAUCCGCAUCAUCCGCAAGACAGCGGAAAGUAUUCAUUGGUUUUGUGAUGACGUAUUAUCGAAUUUCAAGGAGCUUUUUCUUGGUGAAGCGCAGGCGCUUUUCAUCAAUUCACGGAUACAUACAUCCCUCUUAAAGGAAGACAAGCAGCAAACAAACAGGGGGAAACACACAUACACAAACGUAAAACGAAUAUACUCUAACAGCUAACGACAAAAAUCAAACCAAGCUCAGUGCAGUUGGGAAGCAGUGAGUAAAAAAAGAUAAAGAAGAGAGAGAGAGAGAGAGCGGGAAACAAGAAACAGCGAACAGCGAGCAGGAACAACAACAAAAAACGAAAGGAAGGAUCAGUGCGGGAGAAAGAAACUAAUACAUAUCGCCACAACACGUUACCAAAGGACUGGAUCCUGUGAUCUUUUUCUUUGGGCUGCUGGUGCCCUGAACAACAACCAACCAAAAAAGCAAAAAAAAAAGAAAGAAGAAGCAGACAACAACAAAAAAGAAACAACCUCUGUCACAAAUACAUAUCACGUGCUUGAAGACUUAUGAAAUAUUGCUGUGUAGCUAUACCUAGAGAAUAUGAUAAAACCAAAAACAUAACAAUAUAUAAGCAUAAUAUUGCAAGCGGUAGGAGAAGGGUGAAGCAACAAAAAAAAAAGAAAAGACCGAAGAAGAAAGCAGACCGAGAGCAGAAGCUUAGCGACCGUACGCGUCGGGCACAGCCGCGUAGGGCAAGGGAUAACAGGCCCGUUCUUUGGCUGCACAUCUCCACUACCGACUAAAAUUGUAGCGUAAAGAAACCUCCGUUUGAAGAAAGUUGCUCCUUUCUGACACACACGUGAUUUGAUUUUCCACCGUACGCUCUACUGUACUUCGGUUUUUCUUCAUUUGUUUUUCUCUGUAAACUCGUCGUAAUCUCAACAAUGAACUUUUAAAAGGAAACCAAAGCAUGGCGCCAUUUAGAUGUUACAUUUAAUAUACCUAUAUAUAUAUUAUAUAUAUACAUAUACAUACAAAACAUAAUUAUAUAUGAAGCAAAUAAGUUUGUUUAACGAUUUGAAAAACAAAAAAAGGCUCGUUUUUAAAAAAAUCAAAGCAACCCAAAACAAGGAAAAACAACACGCACUUGCAUUACCAAAACAAAAACAAAAAACAACAAAACAACAACUCUUUAUGAAGUAAUGGAUCCAUCUUUUUUAGAUGUUCAACCGACUAUACAUAUAUAUUUAACGUAAAGCAGUAUGUAAACCCCAAAACAUAUCAUUCAAACUGGAUAAACUUAGAUAUUAAUAUACAAUAUUGUAGAAGAAACACACGAAACGAAACCACAGCAAAGCAAGCGAGAAACGGGCAGAAAGGAUGAGAAGAAACGGUAGCGGAGGGAUAAAAAAAAAACAAGUGGUUAGAAAAACAGGAAAGGAAAAGACAAAUAGCAAAUAAGUAAAUCUACCUUUAUAAGAAAGCUUUUUAUGAGAAUUGUAAACCCACUUUUGAAAACAAUACCGAUCGGCAAAAAUAAGUAUAACAACAACAGCAAACUAGCGAACAAAAAAAAAGAAGAAGAAGAAGGAGAAAUGUAAACACGAACUGUCACCGGUGGCGAUAUUGUUAGUAAUUGGUAAAUAUUGUUAGUAGAGAGGGAAGCGUGUUUGGUUUGUUUUAUUAGUAGCGGUCAAAACAUACGCGAUGCGGUCUUAUGAUCAACAAAACAAACAGCAGUCAUACACAUGCAUGUGAUUCAAUACGAUGUUUAGCGGUGUUUAGUGAAACAAAAAAAAACGAAAAAAAAACUAACACAAAACUCAAUCUUACACACGGCCACACCUGCGCAUGCAGUAAAGUGUAGAAUAUAUGCGUUAAACAGGAUUAAUACAUUAAAAAAAACCCACACACACACACAAGCACUCAAACACAAGGACAAGAAAAGGUAAAAGAAGAAAGUGUAGCAAAUUGACACUAAAAAUGUUUAAGCAAAAAAAAAGGUGAAGCUAGAAAGACGUAAAGAGGAACGUAAAAUUGAGUAGUGCACAUAGUGUACAUACCUCUAGCUGCUUCUAGAACGGAGAGAAAGUGAAACACAAAACAAACAAAAGUAACACACACACACACUCACACAGAAAACCAAAAAAACAUAUCAGGUGCUUUAACCGUUAUUGUAAUUCGUAACGCGUGCAGAGAAGAGUAGUAGAGAAGUAGUAGUGCACCAUCUCCCACUGGUGCGGCGGGGCUGUCAAUGUUGAACGUGAUCGCUUUUACGUAGAUGUGUAGACGCGCUAACCGAGCAAGUACGCUAGCCAGCUCUAUUGCGAGCUCCCAAAUCACACGGGGGAAAGGUGCUGCUCAAGGACCGAGCGAACGGGGCAGCCGUACACUUUUCAAUUGGUUCGCAAAGAGGCUCCACUUUAGCGAAUCAAUUAAAGUCGAAGGAUGCAGAAAAGAUAACGCCACGGGUAACGCCACGGUAACGCCAUGAUCGAAAAGAGAGAUAUAGAGAGUGAGAGAGAAAGAAAGAGCUAGUGCAAACAAAUGGUGCAGUAGGCUGUAGAUUCUUCACACUGACAGGUAUGUCAUGAUUGUUUCAACAGUAAACAGAAACAGUAACACUGUUUAGCACUAACCUUCAAACAGGUACUAAUGGCGGCACUUUCUGGUUUCUGACUAUGUGUAGGGUGUGUGCGUGGCAGUAUUAGGUAAAUGAUUAGUAGUGGUAGUAACCAUGAUACACACACACACACAUACAUACACUUCAUAGUGUGUGCAACACAAUACAAAGGUAAAAGCUUAUCGUAAAACAUAUCAGGUAGCAUAUACUGCAGUGAGCAGUUCUGUUUGGCACUACUGUGCACUGGUCUAGCCACCAUAUGCAAUAUGCAGCGAGACAUAGCCACCCAUCCUCCCGCCACCCUUUGAGCUUAUCCACUUGUGACCUGAAAAUCUCGAGAGGAAUGGACCGUUGUGAAAAGAAACCGAAAGCCAGCAGCUGUCAGUGUAAGACCGCAACGCGCUUGCGCCACUCCUCCGAUGUAGUACACCACCACAGCUGCAAAACAGGAAGGAAGAACAAAACCCAACACAAGGACCUGGGCCAGAGAGGCUGACAUUUAGUGAAGACGCCAACCGCCUUGCACCGUUGAUAGUAGACGCACGGGGCCUGUGUGCUAAAGUGGCCGGUUACACGGAUGCACAACAUUGGCGACAGGUCGUUUGCGCCGCUUUUCGGCAGUCGAAAUCGAUCUGGCAAGUGUGUACGGGCUGGUUCACGGGCGCUAGCGGGUGAAGUCUGAUGUUCUGGACGCAUUUUGUGUUCUGCCAACGUUUGUGGAGUGCGCGUAACGCCGGAGGAGGCGCAGUUAGCUGUCCAAGUUCUGUGUCCAAUGUGCUGUACUAGUAUUAUGAACAAUCACACGUAAAGCGCACGCCGACACCUUAGCAAGUUCCUUGUGAGUUGUGAAUUGAGUUGUGUGAAUUGAGCGGUAUAGCAUUUCCGAGACUGUAAACUUAAGCGUAUGUGCGGCUAGUGCAUUAUCGUUACAAUUGAUUACUGGAAAAGUAUUACUAGACAAACUAUACGAACAAAACAAAAAAAAACCCAUACAUAUCACUCGGCCCCAUACGCGAGUUGGGGUGGGAAACAAACGAACACACAAACACACCGUCAGGUCGAGGAGUUGAGUUGUUGAGCGUGGCCCGAGGGUAGUAUAGUAACCGCACCGCACGUCGUUUAGUAGUUUUUUACGUUUACUUGCCGUGCUUGGUGUGCUUGCGAGGGCCCACAAAUUGCCUCUAUGUGUCAGUGGAACCAAGCGGGCAGCAGCAGACGGAAGUGUAACCACAGUACUCUCUGUCACGUGUACACUUGCGGUAAAUAUAUAUAUAUACACGCAUAUAACACAAAACAAAACAAAACAUGAACGGAAAGUAACAAUUUUAUCAUCUUAUUACAAAGGCCUUCUAGAGACAAAGAAUAACGAAACAAAGAAAAACGAAGAAGAAGAAGAACAAACAAACAAACACUAAGAAUACGUUUUUGUACAGUGAGGCACUAGUACGGAACGCUACCAGUAUUAUGAGAAGCAGAACAUACAAAAAUCAGUAGCAUAACUGUCUACCUUGUAGAUGAUACAGGAUGAGCUAGUGCAUCGUUACACAGUCAGUAGUGUGCAGCUAGUAGUGUGGGUUCGUCGCCAUGCCGGCCAUACCAUUAUUAAAAUUGCGUAAAUGCUAGUGUCCUAUUCUUUGUUUGGACGCUGUAGGUCCAUUGCUUGGACAUCAACAGACAUAUCAAAUAUUGCAAUGCAAGCAAAUACGCACACACACACAGACACAACACAAAAUGGAGCUAAUGAAUGAGUGGUAGUAGCAUGAGCUAAGUGACAGGGAGAUGAAUGCCAACGCAUUUCUAAGUGAUCGAGUCGAACUGACCAUUUUGUGUGAGUGUGCGUGGGUGUGUGUCUGUUUGUGGCCCAUCACUAGCCGUAGGUUUUGUUUGUAAUGUAAGUUCCGCUAAGAACUUCUUCACGAAUCGUUUCUACCUACACGCUUGCACGGAAGAGGCGGAUUUGAGGUUAGGUUUAUUUCGCUUUUUCUAUGGGCGAUCGAUACCGAUUGGCGAUCGUUGGUUCCGUACCAUGAUUGUGUUUGUGCCACGAUUCGUUUCGCCUGUACUCUCCUGCAUUUCUGUUACAUCGAUAAAGACUGAAUUUCGGACUUGUAUGUCAACUGAUACGUAUUAUUAAUCAUAUACAAAAAAAGGAACUCUCCUUUUCUCCCACAGCGAGUCCUGAGCAUUUGGAAAACUAUAAGGUUGAUUUUUUUCUUUCACUCUCUCUUAUAUAAAUAUAUGUAUACACACACAUAGGAAAAAAAACAAAUUGGCGCUCACUAAUUCAGACUGGAAUUCAGCUAAGUAAACAAGCGUUUAGUUUCGGUUAGAGUUGAUUGUUUCAAUUAUUAUUUUUCUUAAGUUUUUUUAGGCAUACAUUUUGUAUUUUCUGUAUGAAUGGAAUGUCGGCCUUAAGGUUAUUUUUACUUGUUCCGAUGGAUUUGGGUCGCAUCUACUGAGUUACUUGUAGGUAAUAACUCUUAGUUUAAAUUAAUUACCAACCCAAUCGUUAUGGCCACACUACUCGUUUGUCAAAACUGGAUAAUCACACUAUCGCUUUUGCUUGUAUUACUUAUAUUGUUUACAACCAUGGUUCAUCUUUUAAAUGGCUCCUUCUAUACCAAGCAAGUAACUCAUCGCAGGCAGAUCGGUCGCCGCUGCCGGAUAUUCUGUUUACAUGGGUGUGCGUGCACUAGACGGUAGCGUUUGCGUACCCAAGUAUGAUUUUACACCGUCGCCACAGACGGCACAUCGUAACGUCUGUUACUAUGCACUAAGCAGCUUAGUAUGCGUGAACGUUUUCACUACACUGCAGGCUGCAGCAGCGGCAGCAGCAACAGCGGAAGCUCCAAUGACAAUAAAAAUAAGCAAGUCAUUCUAUUUUUACUCUUUUUCUCCUAUGGAAGUGAAACAAAAACAAAAAAAAAAGAAGAUAAUGUAGGAAAAAUCUAACCAAACACGAUUGUCGUUUGCUUGCGUGAGUGUAUUUUUGUGUGUAGUGUGCACGAUACAUUGGAGAGGAAAACCAACACAACAGCAAACAAUAAAAUUAGUAACUAUACUAUAGCGUGGUGACGAAUUGGGCGGAUUGCGUUCGACUGUUUAGAAAACACUGUUUAGACAUGUACAUGUAAUUGCACCACAAAAUGGUUGACAAAAUAAAAACUAGAUGGUUCGCUAUUGAGAAGCGCUAUUAGGUUUUUUUUCUGUUAAAAUAUUAGUCAUUGAAAUGCUUUUUAACUGUCAAGAAACAAGAGAGAUAGAGAACGAGAGAGAGAAAAGAUAACAACAACAUAUCGUAUUUAUAAACAAGCAUAUUAUCUAGAUUAGUGCCUGUCUGUGACGAAUAAGUAAAUCGACAAGUCAAACCGUAAAGCUGAUAGAUAAUAAUGUACUUAUUCACCAAUAGCAACAUCCAGUGGAAAUUUCAAUGUCUAUGAACAAUAACUAACAAUCACACUUGAACCAACACACACACACACGCGCACACUCAAACAACAGAACAGAGAAGACGACACAGCAGAAGACGACCACAAGGAUAGCAGCUGCACGGUAGCGGUAUAUAAAACGCUCGUAGUACGAUGUUAGUAUACUAUUUUUGAUUUAAGCCGUUUUUUUGCUACUUCUUGCCACAUCUCGCACCCAAAAACGGUAGACGCGUGCCGGGGUGAACGCGCGGCUUAGUGUGUUCGGUUAGUGACUGGUAGGCAGGCUUUUAGGUAUCUGUCCCAAAGCAAAUGCAGCGCACUAUUUUGAAAGCGCAGGUUUUUUGAAGGAUCAAACGAUGAACGAGGUUACAAAAUUAGCGACAAAAAUUACUACAAUACUCUGCUGAAGUGAUAUUUCCAGCUGACACGUUAACGUUGUGUGCCCAUGCAACCCACCCCAUGAGGACGGCUGUAGAACAGGCAUCAGUAGACAUUGGAAGGGGAGACAGGUGUGUUGGGUCGAAUGAAAAAAAAAAAACAAAACAAGGAAGCAGUAGUAGGUGUGUUUAGAUUCUAAGUAGCUGCAACUCCAUCAGAUUGAACGUUCAAUGCUAUUAUGUAGUAAAGGUUAAAUGGAAGGUAUACAUAUAUAUGUAUUAAACAAACAAAACAAAACAAAACUACCAAACUUUAAAACUCUCUAAAUGAUAAUUAACUAAAAGCGAUUAGCCGGGGAGAAGCGUCGAAUCGUACCACAUUUUAUAAAUGUAAAACGGACUAAGUAUUAAAGUGAAACACACAAACAAGAAACGAUACUAAAUAACACUACAACUAGUUUAAAAGCAUACUCCACUUAGCUUAGUAGCUUUCCCGGUUGGGGGCGUUGGUAAGACAUUUUGUACGCAUUAAAGCCAAUGGCAUUAAAAUGGAGAAGAAAAAAAAAA